AUGUAUUACUACUGCAACCGGACUACAAUGAGCGCGAGCGCAGCCUGGCCCGGGGCGGAGGGACCGCAGAGCUGCUGCGGUGGAGGAGGAGGAGAGCUCGUGAACGGAAACGGCGGCGGAGAGAUCAGCGAGGCCGGUGCGAUCAGCGAGUGGGAGAGCGCCACCUGUGAUUCCGCCGACGUGACACGGAGCGCGAGCACAGACACGCGGGAACGAGAGGACGGUGCGGCGCGCGGACUGUCCCGCUGCUGCAGGCGAAGCGCUGCGCCGGUAGGAGGCGAGGAUCCCGGCGACAUUAAUAUUAAUGGAGCGGACGGAGAUGUGCUGUGUCCGCGCUGUACCGGGGAAACCAGGACGGCGGCGGCGCAGAGAGGCGAGUGUGAAACCACUGCGCGAGAGUUUCGGAGCUCAGAGACGGCGGUCAACAAGCGCCGGGGAUGCAGUUACAGCGGGGCCUCGAAGAGGGCGUGUUUCUCCGGUACGAGCACGGCGGAGGAGGCGGCGUUACACUGCGGCGGCUCGGAGACUUACAGAGGUACCGGUACCGGCUGCAGCGGAGAGGCUCCUGCCGGAAAUAGACAGAGCCGCGACGGGGCGUUUAAACAGAAAGGACGGGGAGAUCUUUCCAAAGGCGCGGUAAGAGCUGGAAGUUUGAGUUUCACGUGCGAAAUGGAAUGUGUUGGCGGUGUGAUUAACGGAGAUCGGCGUGGCUGCAGGACCGCCAAAGGGCGCGUGAGGCUGUGUCGCGUGCGCUCCUUCCUGGCUUCUGCUGAGGGGUUGAAUGCAAACGGUGCCGCUGUAGCUCAGCUCUCAGACCGCGGUCACUGCAAGCCUCGGACACAGCAAAAAGCCCAGUUCAGCGUCACGCCAACCUCCUCCGGUGCACGUGCGGAUGUAUUCCUCUCCGGUGUAGGGAGACCCGCAGUGAAUGGCGGUCCGUGCGCUGGGGUAGCCGGUGAGGCAGCUGGAUCGUGGUUACGGCAGGUCGUGGAGGCCAGGAAACGGCAGGUGCAGCUCGCAGAGAGAACGGACAUGUUAUGGCGCCGCCUCCAUGCGGUGCAGGUGGAGCAGGUGGAGCGGCACGUGACGCAGCAGCUACGGGACCUGCGCAGGGCCGCCGUGACCCCGAACUCAGCCGAGCUCAGCCGCUUAGCGCGCAGCUGCAGUGAAGUCCUCCGCACGACCGGGGGCGCCCUGGACUCCGAUCACACAGCCAGCAGCUCCGGGGGAGGCAGUGACAGUGAGGAAGAGGAGGAGGACGAGGAGGGGAGAAGAGGCCGACAUGUUUCACCAUCCCGAGGGAAAUCAGUCUGUGUGAGCAGAGAAUGGCAGUGGAUGCGGGAAAGGGCAUGGCUGGGGAGCCGGUGGGUGUGGCUCCAGGCUCAGGUGUCAGAGCUGGAGUAUGGGAUUCGUGCACUCACUGAGCUCUACACACACCUCAGACAGGGAAAGGUUUCACAGUUGAGAGCUGUUCACUCUGUACCUGAAACACCACUCCGAGCUCCAAGACCCUCUCCCACCCCUCAGGACUGCAGGUUCAGGAAGCGGCUGACGGAGGACUCCGCCCCCUCACCACCAGCUCCACACAGUCCCACUUCAUCUGCUGCACGGGUUCGUCCGUUACUGCGACAGUGCCGUCACAGGCUUAUCCGUUUGCAUGCUUGUCCUGCACUUGGAUCAAAGGCUGUGACCUUGCCCUGCUCCUGCGAGCCUCCUGCUGUGUGUGUGUUGUGCGGUCCUCCUCACCCUCCAGCCCAGGAGAAGACCACGUGGACGAGUCAGAGCGAGCUGGAUCAGCGUAUUCACCCUGUUCUCUCCAUGCCUUCAGGCUUUCCAGUCUCGGCGCAUGGUGUGACACCCCCGCUGGCCGGGCUCCAGUCCCACAGUGCUGUACGGUGGAUGGAAAGGCGAGGUCAGGGACAGCAGAAGGCUGGGCGAGUGAGGAGGAGGCUGAUAUGUCCCCGUCCACCAAGCACACUGCCUCCACUCUUCAACACAUCUGGUGGUUCCACCUGUAGGGGUCAGAGGGGUGUGGUCAGCCCUGGCCUCCUUCCACACCAUGUCACAGAUCUCUCCCAUCUCCAUGGUGUCCCUGCAGCUACAGACACACCAAUGCAGCUGGCGAGGAGGAGGAGAGGCGAGGAUUCCUUCGACAUUGAUAACCUGGUAAUGCCUGUGGGCCUAGCUGGACUGGGAGCACGAGUGCAGAAGCUGCAAUACAAAGAGAUCCUCACUCCCAGCUGGAGAGAGCUGGACUCUGUCUGGGGAGCCUCAGAGAAGCAUGUUGGCUCAGCAGGUCAGCGUGUGAACCACUCGGACUCGCCUCAGCAGCCCAGUGGAGGAGGACCAGAACAUCACAGUGAGGUGGAGGAUCUGUCUGAUGCUGUUUUUCUGAAGAGGCAUGCCAUAUGGGAGAGCAGAGAGAGGAGUCGCUGGGGGAGCUGGGCCCAGAGACGCUACCGGGGCAGGUCGUCCUCCUCCUCCUGCGGGGACGGGAAGAGCUGCAGGAGUUCGGAUCAGGCAGCGUGCUCUCCAGAGCCCAGGCAGGGGAAGAGCUCGCCAUGUCGCCCCUUCUGCUCUGCAGUAGACGAGCCCUUCUACCAGAUGGAGGAUGAACAGCAGUCUGUCCAGUCGUGGGAGCGCAGGUCGUUCCCCCUGCUGGAGGAGGAGCUCCGGUGGCUGCAGGAUGACGAGGAGGCGGGGCUUGAGGAGGAUGCAUGCACCGCAAGCGGCCGCAGCCAGAGCACAGACUCGGGCAUCUCAGUGGGCAGCUUGGAGCUCUCACCAAGGACACCUCAACCACAUCAGCUACAGUCAGGAGGCCACAAACCAGCCUCCUCAACUCAGGAUUCAGACUCCUCCCUGCCUUCUUCAACCCCGCCCUCCCUGCCUUGCCCCAGCACUCAUCAAAAUCCAGCCAAUCAAAGAGCGGACAGAGUGGAUGCCACUCUGCUGUGAACCAGAUCAGAGAAAGUUGCCAAAAGUCUCCUGCUUUAAUCAUCUAUCUAACUCAGUCAUUUAACCCCUCCCCCUGUCAGCCCUCACCAGUCCUGCCUGCCUGCUGUUCGGCUCCACGAUGGUCAUCACCCAAAAGUUCCUCCAAUAAAUAACCCUGAUACCUUCACCGCCAUCCUCACCAUUUCUCCCUCAAGUCACUCGUACACACAAAUCCUGCUGAAGUUUUCAGUUCUGCUUCCUCACCGCUCAGCUCUCUGCUUCUCUCGCUGAGGGACAGAUGUGCUGGUUAUCUCACCUCUGUUCUUCUGGGUUGUUUAUUUUGUUUUUUAUUUUUUUUAGGCUAUGUCCACACGUAGCCGGGGAUUUUUAAGAAGGGAGAUUUUUCUCUGUGUUUUGACCUUUCGUCCACAUGCUAAUGCAGUUUGAGGUCGUUGAAAACUGAACUUUUGGAAAACUCCUUCCAAAGUGAAGAUUUUCCAAAACUCACUGUUUUCAGUGGUGUUGUGUGGACGGGGGAAACGGAGAUUCUGAUGAAUUGACAUCAUUGUCUGUGCGCCGGUCUCCUUGAUUUUCUGAGCUUUGUUUAUGAAUAUAUUUUGUGCAAUAGCAGACUUGCGUAAACUACUGACUGUGUUAACGUUGUUUGCUGGACUUUUUACAUGCGUGCACACACACACGCAGUUACUCACAUAACGGUCAUGAACAGGGGGUCAGAAUGUAAUACGGAGCUCACUGCUGCUGCAUACAGAACUCUCACAACACAGACCAGGCACACAGUGGCGGCGGUUUUGGACGAGACCCGGUCAGACUUCUACAUCCUACAAUAAAAUUUUGGGCAUCGUUUUCCCGCAUUGUUGUUAAACUACCGGGACCUUUAAUGACAUUUUGUCUAGGCUUCUGAUUGGCUAGGCAUGCUCCUGACAGCACUUAACAGGGUGUUUCAUUUUCAUGUGGACAAAGAUAUUAUUUAACAUGUAGGUCGUGUGGACAGAAUAAAAAAAAAACAAAGUAGAAAAAUCUCUGUUUUUAAAAAUACCCAGCUACGUGUGGACAUGGCCUAAUUUUUCAGACCUGUCUAAAGCAUUUCUGUUGAGUUGAUCUAAAUCAGUAUACAUGCUGUAUUUUAUUUGGUGUAUGUUCUCCUGGAGCCAGAGAUUUAGCCCUCAGUGAGGGCAAACUCCUCCAGUGCUCCGUGUCUCCAGAGAAGAAACGACUUCUACCAUCAGGUCUCAUUUCUUAGUCAUAACUUUGUUAAUUCUAUAGAGAUGUGUUACAGAUGUGAUAUGGAAACUUACUUUAAUCCGCUCAACACAAGGUGGUGUGUGUGUGUGUGUGUGUGUGUGUGUGUGUGUGUGUGUGUGUGUGUGUGUGUGUGAGUUCUACAUGUACACAUGUGCAGGUUGUUGUGGUGAAGUGUGUGUGUGUGUGUGUGUGUGUUUUUGACAGGUCUGCUACAUUACUCAAUGUAGGCAUCAGCAAAUAAACUUUUUUAGGAAGAGAAUACUCAUGGAAAUGUCUGAUUUCACAGUGCGACAAUGAAAUAAAGUAAAAAUUGUUGACUUA